UCUUUUCCAUGGCGUCACUGGAUUGGCUGCGGCAAGGUGCUGCGGCAGCUCGAGCUGGAGCUAGAGACUCUCCUCGUCGGGAAGAUUUUGCCAUCAAGGUCGGUCUAGGGUUUCAAUCCAGAGCCGGGGCAGCAUCAGGCAAGAAUGUGUGCUGCCUGGCAUCGCUGCGCCGCCACGGCACUAGCACUAGCACUAGUGGAGUCGGGCUGGGAUUGGCUACUAGCAGCAGGCAAGUACGAUUAGCAAGGCUGACAGCGAAGUUUAGAUUCGAUGAUUCCGGCAAUGGAGGGAAAAGAAAUGGUGGUGGUGGCACCAAUGUCGGUGGAAUGGUCCUCAAUGCUGCAAUCACUGGCGCUCUAGCGUAUCUCACCGUCACUGGAAAGCUUGGGUGGAUUUUUGAUGCUGUGAUCUCUCUCUGGCUCUUUUUCAUUCUUGCCCCUCUUGUUGCUUUGGUUGCGUACUUCUGGUUUGUGGAGCGGGAGAUUAUUACGGUUCCUUUUCCUCGCAGUGUCCCAACUGUGGCAACGAGUUCCAAGUCUUUGAAUUCGCAGUCAAGGACGAGCUCCAGCUCUGCCCAUACUGCACACAACCAUUCAAAGUCGACAACAAAGUUUUCGUCAGAGACGGGCCGAGUUUUUAUAACCCAAGCCAGCGAAACGAGACGCGGACUUCAUACGUUGGUGAAGAUGAUUCAAGUGGUGCGAUAGUGGACGUGGAGGCUGAAGUGCUGGACGACUAAGUGGCAAAAAAUCGUACGGGAUGUACAUGGACGUGCCCUCCGUCCAGGUGUAGUGGAUGCAAUGAACAUGGCCCCAAUGUACACCUGGAUCACGAACCUGGUCUCAAUAUCGUCCAGGUUCAUUGGAAGAAAAAUGAUGGGAUUCUGGUAAAAAAACGAUUUCAUGACCCGACUGCGUUUGAACUUGACUCCCUUUGACUCCAACUUUGACAAGUCAAUAUGAGUCGAAUCGGCCGCAAAUUGGACACUUGGAAAGUUUCAAAAGCAUAAUCUGGAAACAUCCCUUUUGCGUGUGUGGA